CGCUCUAGUACUCGCGAUGUUUGGACCCACUUCCUCUCGCCAAUCUAGAAGUUAGUAGACCUAGAGGUGGGGCGAGAGGCGGCAGUUUCGGGCGGGUCAGGGCGGAGCUGAGAGGACUGCAAAGCCGGAAGCAGCGGCCCGCGGGACUGGGAAGGGGCUGGUCCCGGAAGGAGGAGGAAACCUGAAAAGAAAACAGCAACAAGCUGAGGUGCUGUGACAGAGGCAAACAAGAUGGCGGCGGCAAAGGGGAGCCUCUGGGUCAGGGCCCAACUGGGGCUCUCGCCGCUGCUGCUGCUGCUGACUAUGGCCCUGACCGGAGGCUCGGGGACCGCUUCGGCUGAAGCUUUUGACUCGGUCUUGGGUGAUACGGCGUCUUGUCACCGGGCCUGUCAGUUGACCUACCCCUUGCACACCUACCCCAAGGAAGAGGAGUUGUACGCAUGUCAGAGAGGUUGCAGGCUGUUUUCAAUUUGUCAAUUUGUGGAUGAUGGAAUUGAUUUAAAUCGGACCAAAUUGGAAUGUGAAUCUGCAUGUACAGAAGCAUAUUCCCAAUCUGAUGAGCAAUACGCUUGUCACCUUGGUUGCCAGAAUCAGCUGCCAUUCGCUGAAUUGAGACAAGAACAACUCAUGUCCCUGAUGCCAAAAAUGCAUCUACUCUUCCCUCUAACUCUGGUAAGGUCAUUCUGGAGUGAUAUGAUGGACUCUGCACAGAGCUUCAUAACCUCUUCGUGGACAUUUUAUCUUCAAGCUGAUGAUGGAAAAAUAGUUAUAUUCCAGUCUAAGCCAGAGAUCCAGUAUGCACCACAGUUGGAGCAGGAGCCUACAAAUUUGAAAGAACCGUCACUAAGCAAAAUGUCCUACCUUCAUAUGAGAAGUUCACACGCACAUAGGAACUAUCUUGAAGAUGGAGAACGUGAUGGUUUUUUAAGAUGUCUCUCUCUUAACUCCGGGUGGAUUUUAACCAUGACUCUUGUCCUCUCCGUGAUGGUAUUGCUCUGGAUUUGUUGUGCAACCGUUGCUACAGCUGUGGAGCAGUAUGUUCCCUCUGAGAAGCUGAGUAUCUAUGGUGACUUGGAAUUCGUGAAUGAACAAAAGCUAAACAGAUAUCCAGCUUCUUCUCUUGUGGUUGUUAGAUCUAAAGGUGAAGAUCAUGAAGAAGCAGGGCCUCUACCUGCAAAAGUGAAUCUUGCUCAUUCAGAAAUAUAAGCUUUUUUUUUUUUUUAAGAAAAGUGUAUAGACAUCUAAAUUUCCAUUCCUCAUAGUGCUUUUUAAAAUGGUUUCAUUGGCUAUAGGACUUAAAAAUCACUAUUAAAUGCAAAUAAGUUACCGAAAUCUGUGACGACUGUAUUUGCUGUAAUUUUACCUGUAAUUUUUUUCUAGUAAUUUAAGAGAUGGAUAUUUGGGAUUGUAUUUUUAUUUUACUAAUAUCUGUGCUGUUUUAAUUAUUAUUUGCAUUGUUUUUGUUUGUUUCCUUUCUUAGCCAAAUUCUGUGAGCUGAUCAUUGUUUUCCCCCACCUCCUACCAUGUCAGUCACCUUAGUUAAUAAGUUGAAUACUCAGUAGGAUAUGACACUCCUGCUCAGCAAUGGCCCACAACCUGUAAUUUGAAAUUUAGUAGAAAAUGCCCUUUAAUACUCUACAUUUUCAGUUGUAUUGAACUGAAAUCAUUAAAAUUUUAUUUGAAUAA